AGCGCAGGCAGUGGCUCUUGGCGGCGGGCAGGCGGCUUCCCCUCGCGCUCCUCCGCUAGUCCGGCACAGUCCCCGCUCCGCCCGCCCUCCUCCCCUCAGUCCCGGGUCCCUUGCGCCCCGCCGCAGGCCCGGCCCCGAAGCACCUGGACGCAGAGCGGCAGAGCAGCAGCGCGGUCGGCGCGCGAUGGCUCCCUGGCUCGGGCUGGUCGUGCUGCUGGGCAGCUGGAGCCUGGGGCCCUGGGGCGCCGAGGCGUGCACGUGCUCGCCCAGCCACCCCCAGGACGCCUUCUGCAACUCCGACAUCGUGAUCCGCGCCAAGGUGGUGGCCAAGAAGCUGGUGAAGGAGGGGCCCUUCGGCACCAUGAUCUACACCGUCAAGCAGAUGAAGAUGUACCGAGGCUUCACCAAGAUGCCGCAUGUGCAGUACAUCCACACGGAGGCGUCAGAGAGCCUCUGCGGCCUGAAGCUGGAGGUCAACAAGUACCAGUACCUGCUGACAGGCCGCGUCUAUGACGGCAAGAUGUACACGGGGCUCUGCAACUUUGUGGAGCGGUGGGACCAACUCACCCUCUCCCAGCGCAAGGGGCUCAACUACCGCUACCACCUGGGCUGCAACUGCAAGAUCAAGUCCUGCUACUACCUGCCCUGCUUUGUGACAUCCAAGAACGAGUGCCUGUGGACCGACAUGCUGUCCAACUUUGGCUACCCCGGCUACCAGUCCAAACACUAUGCCUGCAUCCGGCAGAAGGGUGGCUACUGCAGCUGGUACCGGGGCUGGGCGCCCCCGGACAAAAGCAUCAUCAACGCCACAGACCCCUGAGCCCGACUCUCCCACCGCGCAUCCCUCCCUCCCCGCUGAGCUCCCCUCGGACACUAACUCUUCCCAGAUGAUGACAAUGAAAUUAGUGCCUGUUUUCUUGCAAAUUUAGCACUUGGGACACUGAAGGAGAAGUCUGUGCUGUCCGUGGAGUUGACCUGGGACUGUCCUCCUGGCCCCACCCCAAGCCUCUCUCCUUGCUUUUGACCGCAGCCAUUCCCACCCUGGCCAGGCCAGAAAGAAGGAGGAAUGUAGACUCCUCUUCCUUGUGAUAUAUAAUCUAUAUUUUUUUAGGAAAACAAAAAUCAAAAAAUCUACCCCCUUUGGUCAUUGUAACAGCUCCUCCUCUUUCUUCUUCCUGCUUGACAUCUCCCUUCCCUCCCCCUGUACCCGCUUAUCGACCCAGCACAUUGAGGACGCAGACAGGAAAUUGCUGAAGCCAACUGCUUCCGGGUCAGUCCGGCCAGCUGACAGCUAGACCCCAGGUAGGCGGAAGAGCUUGUACCCAGAGGAGACGGGGCUGCAUGUCCCCAAGAGGGCGUGGCUGUGUCUCUCUGCACAUCAGAGCAGGCUGUAGGAGAGGGUGUGACAGGGCACAGCACAGUCCCCAGCCGAGAUGCUGGGCUGCCCAGCUGUUUGUGAGUCUGGGUUCAGCUUAGGCUGGAAGCACAGUGCUGGCUCAGAUGGUCAAGACAUAGACAUUGCCUGAGGCCGGGCAGCAUCCUGCCUUGUGCAGCUUGGGUGAGAGGCUGAGAGGAAUGUCCUUCCUCCCCUGCCUCCCUCCCAGGAGAGCCCUCUGCCACGCCGAGGGAGGCUCGUGGAGCCGCGUCUGUGUGAGUGGGGGAGACACACUGCAUGCACCACCCGCAGACAUAGGCAGGUGGACUUGGGUAGGGAAUGCUGUUUCCGGAGUAGUGUGUAGCUCACCGGGGACGCGUCUGUAUCCACACUGCAUCUACCUACGUGUGUGGGGGCAUAAGCUAAUUUUCUACAGGACGCAGAAUUCUCUUCAAUGCUGUUAAAUACGCCAACAGUUUAAUCUCUUCUAUUUUGUUGUUGUUGCUUGUUGGAAGAAAAUCAUGACAUUCCAAGUUACGUUUUUCACGUUAAUUAAAAAUUGAGAUUCUACACACCCUCGGCACCCUCUUUUCCCUGCGCUUGGGGUCACCCAGCCUCUGUCCCUCUCUUCCCUCCCCCUUCACCUUUGGGGGCCUUCACUUAACUGCCUUACUGGCUUGGCGGACAGCAGGUGACAGUUGCUCUGGGCGAGGGUCUUAGCACAGGAGGGACCGCCAUGUCCUGCCUGGUGCUAAGGCCACCUUUCUCUCCCGGGUUUGGGGACAGCCUGCUCCCCUUCCCCAGCUCAUGGCUGCUGAUGCCACCUCCUGAGGUCCUCGCCCGGUGGGGUGUUGAUGGGUGGUCACCGGGGAAGCCUGACUCUGCAAGCAACUGUAGGAUUCUGUUGUAUUUUUUGAAAUAAAACUAUAAUAUAAAUUCUCCUAUUAAAUAAAAUUAUUUUAAGUUUCAGUGUCACAAGUGAGAUGCUGAGAGUGACAGUGCAUAUGUUACAGAGCUGGGGAGAAGAUGGUGACAUUGAACACGAUUGCUUUCUGUCUUUUUCUCAGAUUUUGGGGAUUUAUCCUCUAUUAGUAUUCAGAUCUUCAUUCCAUUUUAGGAAACAGAGCUGCCAACGGAAGUAAGAGAGAAAAAAGACAAGUCACAGUGACACACACGCACACAUGCAUACACACACACACACACACACACACACACACACACACGUCCAGGCCAGGAACAGCAUGGAGUUGGGGUUCCUCAGGACCGGCUCCAGUACCUGCUCACUUCCCUGUGGUCUGUACCGGGACAGGAGGAGGUGGGGACUGGCCUCUAAUGGCAGUGGGAGCAGAAAGAGCUCAGGUCUGCACCCCCAGUUUAAGGGGUGAGCCCCAGAUCUGGUGCUUGGGAUUGUCUUCAUUUCAACCUCUGAGGCUGCACGACGGAACUCUACCGGGUACCCUCCUGACAUAGGCAUCAGCGUCUCUCCUGUGAGGCACCUGGCCAAUCCCUGUCCCAGGAUGAUCACCCCAUUCACACAGUAAGGCGCUUGGGGUGAGAUUUGGAGUUUCCCAACUGUAGAGUAAAUAACCGGCGGAACCACAGCCCCAACUGUCAGGCUUGGGGGGUCCUGGGCCCUGGGGGUCUUUUGCAAAAUGAGGUGUCAGAGGGCAGGUUUUGAGCUUCCUAUAAGCUAUAGCUUUGUUUAUUUCACCUGUUCACUUACUGUAUAAUUUAAAGUCAUUUAUGUAGCCGAGGCACUUCUGUAUUGCAAUCAUAUCAUGAAUGCUUUAUUUUGCUAGAUCUCGUGUCAUGUGUAGGCUGUAAUAUGUGUACACUGUGUCUAAGAGAAAAAACCUGAUCUCCACAUGCCACCAUUUUCCUGAAUCAAAUUUUACAGUGGAACGGAGGCUAAAAGACUUGUACUUGGGCAGGCAGUGAGACUGGCAGUCUGGGGACUAGAAGGGACAGAGCCUCUUCCACCCCCCUCCCUGUCGGAAUCCCAGGGAUUCCCCCAGUAGGAAGGAGAACGGAAAAGAUAGAAAGUGCAUGUGUGCCCUUGUUCUGUAUCAGCUGGCCCGGAUCACCAGCCGCCUACUCCCUCUUCCCUGCCCAAGUCCUUCCUCCACUUGAUCUGGAAGCCAGGAUUUCUCCCGAAAGUCCAGGGCCGUGAGAACUGUGAUUCCAAGUUCUCUUUGCUUCCUCUGGGCAUCUCUGCAGCCUCCAAAGAAGCUAUGUGCCCAGGCGCUUGUCUGCCAGGCUAGUGGUCUGUGAUGGCCAGGAGCCAUGCUAAGUGGCCCUGGGCCUCACCAUCCCAGCCCAACAGACCUCACAGUGCCAGUGAUAGCCCACAAACUCCAGUUUCAUACUGUGGUUCUUGAACAAUGAAAGAAACCAACGACUUCUUCCAUAGCUCUUCUGGGAGGUCCCGUGGCCCACCCUGCCUCAGCCCUUCCUUUUCCUCUUGUGCAUGGUGAUCAGCAGUGCAGAUUGCCCAAGAUGACACUUGAGUGUUGGCUCCUGGCUACCUAAAGCAAAAAUAUCACUUAGAGUAUUCACAUCACAGAGAAGCGGCAUCAAAACCUAGUGGCAAAAGCACAACAAAGGUGGUGCAGGGGAGUGGGGAUCAACUGCUUUGAAAUGGGCUCUCUUCGGGUGAGAGGAAGGGAUGAACACAGAGGCAUCCCUGUGCUGGGAGGGGCUUCCUUCUGAGAUUUCCCAAGCCCCAUCUUUCCCCUCCAGCCAGUCCGCCGUGCCGAAACCCAGACGCAAUGGAGAGAAACCAACCAGAGAAAACCCUGUCUGGAAGGAAUGUAUUUGUUGCUAAAUUUUGUAGCACUGUUUACAGUUUUCCUCCAUGUUAUUUAUGAAUUUUGUAUUCCGUGAAUGUACAUUGUCUUGUAACGUUGCAUAGUGUUCACUUUUUAUAGUGUGUCCUUUAUUCUAAACAGUAAACUGGUUUUAUUUCUAUCACA